GGGCAGCCCGGGGGAUGCGCGGUGCUGCCGGCGACCCGCACGUCCGUCCUCCCGCAGCGGCGGUGCCUCAUGGCGGCGGAGCCGCAGCCCAAAGCGUUGACCCGCAAGCCCCUCCUGCUCAACAAAGUGGAGGGCUCGCAGGAGGUGGUGAACAUGGCAGCGAUCGUGCCCAAGGAGGACGGGGUCAUCAGCGUCUCCGAGGACAGAUUCUGGCUGAAGAUACUGUCAGACUCAAUAUUCUGCCAGGUAUUUUCCUGUAUGUGUUAUUUCUAGGCCCAUUUAUUACUUGGGGAUCUAAAAGAGAUUGCCUGGUUAUAUCACCUGGUUGCCUCUUAUCUCCGAAAGCCACAUAAAGUAAUGAAAAGUAAUCUCUUUUAAUAGAGGAGAUCUUUAUUACGUACUUGCUGCCCUUUAUGUGAGUUGGAAACUAUAGGAAUUUUAGUGCCUUGGAAAUAAUGGCUUACGUUUUCUUUAACUAAUCUGCAUCCAUUUUCGUUACGUAUCUUUAAAUGCUUCUUUGUGGGCUUUAAUAUUACUAAGCAGCGUCUUCUCAUUUCUGCAUUCCCUGCUUUUAUGUUUGACACAGGGACAACUGUGUCUCCCCUCCCACCGUGCUGCUGGAGCAAAUGUAGGCUACAGAGGCAUCCAAAACAUGGUUCAAACUGAUUUUGCAAAAGCCUUGCGUUUUACAGCACGCAGAUAGCUUUGCAUGUAGAAUACAGUAAAACUGACUUGCAGGGAAGAUCCUCCACAUGGUGCCUUCUUGGGCUCGUGAACUGAGUUUUUAUUUCAGCAGCUCCAGCACCAGUAAGCUCCUGUCAGAGGCUGACUGCACUUUUGUUGGAAGAUCAGCAGGAAACCAUGUGCCCGUGCCAUCAGUGUGCCAUACAGUCCUUGGUGCCACUCUUGUCCCACGGGUCUCAUCACUUCAGACUCCAGCAGCCUCUGUGUGCUUGGCUUUCUCCAGGCCAGCAUCCGAAGGGGAGGUGGAAGGGCCUCUGAAAAGCCCUGCAUUUGGCUUCCAAGGGCAGAAGGAUUGAUUUCAAUCCACCACUACAAUAAGGUUUUUAUCAGUACUUGCUUCUGCUUGUGCUAAAAACAUGCAGAGGAAAAGAAUAAACAGAUCCUAUAUGAAUGGUGCUGAAGGAGAAGGAUGAGAAGGUAACGAAUCCGUGAAGUCAGAAUGGACACCUUUGGCUUUGUUGUACCCUGAGCUUGGACCAAGGCUUUUUAAUGUCUGAAGUUAAAAAGUUGAUAUUUUCUGCUUCAGGGAAACGAUGCAUUUUAUUUGGUUCUACAGGACCCUAUUUCGUGUCCUAUUCAGUCAGAGUCUACAAUUAGGCCCCAGAAGAGUGUGUUGGGCCCACUUGUACUUAGCAGUUCAGGCUUUUAGCACUUUCUGAAGAGUGGAAAUAUAAGUAGUACCUCAUUUUUCUAGGUUGCGUUGCGUCCAAAGUCAGGAGUAAUCGGAGUUUUGAAGUUGUUUUAGCUGCAAUUAUCAGCUAGGAAUAGACAUAUGUUGAGUUUCUCCAAGCAGGAGGGAGCAGUUAGCUUCAGCAUGUCGGCUCUGGUGUGUAGUUGACCACUGUCAUCAGCACUGUGUUAUAUAGAAGGAGCUGAUUACACAACAUAUAGACACUAAUCCGUUUCUCUAGAAGAGUGCAGUGUCCUCCCCUCAGGAAAUGAAUCAGACUUCAUAAACAAAUCUCUUCCCACUGGCUUCUGCAACUGCCAGGAAACGAAUGGGAAUAGACGAAUCUGUGAUAAUGCUUCCAGAAUACCAGCUAGUAAAUGUUUCUGCUAGACUUGAAAGGAUCAUAAGCUCAGUCCCACAUAAACACUUAAUGAACUAAGUCCUUCGGGUUCACGUUCAUGUUGGUGUUAGAUUUAUUUGUAGCCAAAAAAGCAAAAGCACUGAAGAAUAUGGAGAACUUACUGCAGUGCUUGGAGUCUUGUGGCGGAUGAAGGUCUAAAGCAUGGACAGACAAGGAACUACUUUGAGCACAAUGGGCCAUUGCAAGCAUGAUUUCUCCAGACUAGAUGUCUGGGAACAUUGCUCUGGGGGACAUCUGUGGGGCUGUGAUGUUGUUGUUUGGCACCUUCCCUUCUCUGUGUGCUUUCUUUACCAUAGUUCCUUGUAUGGAUGGAGGAGCGUAAGACCAGCGGGAAUGUAUGAAAUCCCACAGCAGCUUGGAUCACUACUUAUUUAAAAUCUUGGAUUUGGAGUAGACAUUUGAAAGCAGAUGUGGGGUUUUUGGUUUAACCAGCAAUUCUAUGAAUACUGGUUGAUGUGAUCCUUAGGUUUCCAGUCAUUUUUUUUUUUUCUCUCAAAUACUGCAGCUAGGCCAUGUUAGAUACCAGGCGAUGGGUUAUGAAUGUACUGAUUGUUUAAAAAUAAAUUGCAUGCUGUAAUCCCUGGAAAUGUAUCAAGUUUAACUGAAUUCUGAAAGCUCCUCUGUGAUUUAGGAUGCUUGGACUCUUCCUUUCCCUUCUCCCCAAUGGGUUCUUUGGUAGAUAAGAGGUGAGCUUGGUGACGAUUUCCCUAAUAAGUUUUUAUUAACAGGAAGCCAAACCAAGAAGUCUCCAUCCACAACUGGUUUCAUGCACUGCGUCACUUUUGGUCACUGCUUAUAUUUGUCCUUCUAAAGCUCAGAUGACUUAAAAACCCAUUUCUGAGGAAGCAGGAAUGAACGUAUCCAUCUGCUUUUUACGGGAUGUAAACAUGCCUGAAGGAAUGGCCCACGGUCUGCAAACUUUGGGAUGAGAAGCAGGAAGUUUGGAUAAGCCUAACAAACAGCUUGGUGUACCUCGGCUGCUGUCUGCCGUGGUCUCUCCUUUGACUUGCUCUAAAAUUGAGCUUUUGUUCACAUGCACUUUUGGACACAGACACUUUUACAUGUUUUAAAGAGCCAUAUCUUUUUAGAAAUAAGUAAAAUUGUUAUUUAUCUCAGAAUUACAAGAAUGUACUUAUUAACUAUGUAGGCAAAGUGUUUUUCUGUACUGGAUGUUGUGGGAGAAGUAACUGAAUGACCAUAAAUAAAUCUGGAUGUGGAAAAACAUGGCAUGGGUAGUUUGUGUCCAAGUGUUCUGCGUGCAAGGUAAAAAGUGCAAGGGAUGAUUUCAGAGAGUGGUGUGUGUGCAUGUAUUGACACCUCAGAUAGAUGCUAUUCUUCCAGAAAUAUACUAUGUCUGUAGACUCCUGGUUUGUAUACCAGCUGUUGUGAUACUCUGGAGCAUUGUUCUGGCAAUGGUCUACACUUCUUGUGCGUUGGGUUUUUUUUUCCACUUGGUUUUUCUAUUUAUGGCUGCAAGUCACGACUGUAUUUAAGUCAGAAAUUGUUUAUUCAGUUGCUGGCUUACUGGCUUACACCUUUACAGUGACCUCAGGCUAAUAAAAACGAAGGAGGAAAAAGAGGAAAAUAUGGACUACUUUGGCCUAUUGUUGUGGUACAGAGUAACAAGAAAGUAGGGCUGUCUUGAGUAGAGUCAGCAAAAACCAUGUUGUUCCAACUUUCUAAUUCUUCUAGAUCAGCACCAAUUUGCACGUGACUGUAGAUGUAGGGCAGACUUCAACAAGAUCAAUGUUGUUGCCUCUCCUCAAUAAUGGCAUGAGCCAGCUGGUAGAAACAGACAGCUGAACCUAGGGGCCAGUUGCUGUAAUGACUAACUCUCUAAUAAAUUUAACAGUGCCAGGGUAUGUUUUGAGACAGGGGAUAUCCGUCUGUCUACUCUGCAUGCCUGUUGGUACCAGGCACUGUUUGUGCUGUGAGCCAGUUUGCUUGGUGUCAAACCCAAAGCUUGCCUGAGGACGGAAUUAGCUUGGACCAGGGACCAUUCCCAGUACACAGUCUGGAUGUAGUCACUGUUUUCAGUGCCAGGUGGCCUCUCUGCCAGAGUCUUGUACCAGACCUGUAUCAUUAAUUCAUCGGGAUGCAUUUCACAGGUUAAGUCACCCAGAUCAUGUGGCUGGCCCUGUUGUUGAGGUGUCACAUUGCUUAUGAGAAAUUGGUCCUGUGAUUUAAAAUAAAAAUAAAAUUGCUGGUUUAAACAAGAUAGAGGCCUUUAAGCAGGUCUAUCUGCAAACGUUUCUGCUAACUUGAGGUCUGUAAAAGUAAGUUUGAAAAGCUGGAAAUCGAGACCAAAAAUAAUUUGACAUUCUGAAGAUGAACCAAAUGUCUGGAGGAGGGCAGGUCUUUGGAGGCCUCAGUGCCGAGCAGCCCCAGCAGCAUUCCUGUGUGGGACACCAGCCAGUGACCUGAGGGGCUGCUGCCAGGGCUGGAGUAAAGGGAUGGCACCCACAGCCUCUGCAGUCUGGUUCUCUGUUCAGAUCUCAGUGGCUACUGCUGCACCUCCAACUGUUGGACCUGCUUACGUCUACUCAUGGUGUCUAUCAGUAGACUCUACCACCAGUCAAGAUAACCUCUCCUUGCUUGUGACUCCCAGAGAAAUACGCUUGGCUGGUUUGAGUGGAGCACUGUUUUGUCAUGUACUAUAGGUCUGGGAGAUGGGCCGUGAAUUAUUCUUUACAUGCCAGCUUGUGCCCUUCUUCUGUCAUCCUGGGGUGGCACCUCCAUGGCUACAGCAGUGGGGCUGCUUAGCAGCCUGCCAGAAGAGCCCAAGCCUAAUUCAUAGUUAGGGUAACAUCCUUCUGGUGUUUCAUAGCGGGUAAAAGGUUUUAUUCUGUGUGCCAAAUGGUAGUAAAGACAAAUUUUGGAACGCCAUCCACUCCUUUGAAACAAGCAUACAGUUAGGGGUUAUGUGCUGGAGAAGGAAUUCAUCAUGAAGGUGAUGUAGGUGUAGAACAAAACUUAGAGACAGUGGUAAGGAAUGCUGGGCUUUUUUUCAUCUUUCCUGGAAAGUCAUUAUAAGUUCCCUCACAAUCCAGAAAGGAACCUCUUCUAGCUUGGGCUUCUUGUGUGUUCCAUCGUAGGAGCCUUCUGUGUUUAUGCCUUUUCCAUGAGGUUUCUUGUUUAGUUUUUAAUAUCAUUUCAGUUGUUCUUAGGAUGAUUUAAUGUGAAGUUAUCGUCUCGUCUUGGUCAUUUGGUAGUAAGGAAAUUGUGUUGGAUUAUUCUGCUUAGCCCUAACAAGACAACUUUGGGGAUCUCAUCAGUGCUUAUAAAUAUCUCAAGGAUGGGAGUCAAAUGGAUAGGCCCAGGUUCUUUUCAGCAUGCCCAGCAACAGAACAAGGAGCAAUGGGCGGAAACUGGAACAUAGGAAGUUCCAUACAAACAUGGGAAAAAUAUUCUUUACUGUAAGGGUAACAGAGCGCUGGAACAGGCUGUCCAAAGAGACUGUGGAGUGUCCUUCUAUGGAGAUAUUCAAAAACUUGCCUGAACGCCUACCUGUGCGACCUGCUCUGUAGGGAACCUGCUUUAGCAGGGGUUUGGUUGGACUGGAUGACCUCCAGAACCCUUCCAACCUCUUUGAUUCUGUGAUUCUUUGAAGGCUGACUUGCCUUUUUAAGAUUCAAGAUCAGAGAAUUAAAAAAGCAAAAAGAUUUCCUUAUUAUCAUGUGUACUCUGAAAACCUAGGAAACAGUGGUUUUACUGUAGCUUUUAUAACAUUUUUCUACAAAAGCUCCUUCUUCCAUUGUACCACAAAAUUGCACUUUCCCAUUCCAGAUGCAGACAUAAGUCCUGCUCAGCUUCCACUGCAUCAAAUCUCAUGGAAAAAAUUUUAGCCAGAGAGGGUGAGGAAGGAGUGGAUUUGCAGUCAAAUAUACUUAAGUUAUGAGUAGCUAUUAGUUAUGCAUAAGUAACAUGAAAAUAAACAGAACAAGAUGUCUGACUUGGCUCCCUUUCCUCCCGUGUAGCUAAACUGAUAAGAUUCCAGAAGUCGCAGAUCAGAGAGACAUGGCAUUGCCAUUUGGUAAGGCUAUCUAUCACCUGAAAAAAAAUAGUAAGCAGGUGGGGGCAAUUGAUUGCUGAAACCGUAAAUAGAAAUGGAAAUUUUCUUUGUGGAGGGAAGAAACGUUCAAGAAUGUGAGAUUGAUUAUCUAUCCUGCCCAGCAGAUAAAUUUGAUUUUUGUUUAAUGGGGAGCAUAUCCAGUCUUGAUGUUAUGCUUUCAACUGCUGUUGAUGGUAACUGCUGCAUCCUUGGUGCAUUUUUAUAGUAGUUAAUUACUGUCAUAAGAUCUUAGCAUUCACAGGUGUUCCAUGGAAUAGAGCACCUCUUCUGUGAGGACAGGCUGAGAGAGCUGGGGCUGUUCAGCCUGAAGAAGAGAAGGCUGUGAGGUAACCUGAGAGCGGACAUUCAGUAUCUAAGGAGGGGCUACAGGAAAGAAGAGAGACUCUAUAGCAGAGCCUGUGGUGACAGAACAAGAGGAAAUGGCUUCAAGCUCAGGGAGGGUAAUUUUAGGUUAGUUAUAAGGAAAAAAUCUUUUACAAUGAGGAUGGUGAGGCACUGGAACAGGAUGCCUAGUGUUGUGGAUACCCCAUCCCUGGCGGCUUUCGAGGUGAGGCUGGAUCAGACCCCGGGCAGCCUGAUCUAGCUGUGGUGUCCCCAUUCAUUGCAGGAGAGUUGGACUAGGUGACCCUCAGAGGUCCCUUCCAACUCUAAGGAUUCUAUGAUUCUGUUCUAUGAUAGGUAGCUUCUGGAUCUCUUGGGAAGAGAAUGGCUGGACUAAUGGCAUCCUACCUGCAUGCUCAGGAGAUCUCAUAGCCUGCCUUGUCCUCCUCGCUGAGUGUUCUUACAGCUGAACUAUUGUGGAGUAAAAGUGAAUGUCGCGAGGAGAGAGUUUGGAAUCUGUAUAGUCAUGCAGUCCAAGUUAGGAUUGGAGGUACAGCAGGGUCUGGGGAGGUUGUGGGAUUUCACACAGCCUUCUGGCAUUUUGCACUGGUUGGCUUGAGCUGCCAUGUUUACUGAGCCUUGCUUAUGAGUUUACCUCCUUUAUGAGGACAGUGUUACCAGACAGGUGUACUUACAUUAGACCUCCACAUGUCUGAUGUCACUGUGCUUAAAUUCUCUUAUGAAGCUGGAUCCUGGUGUUUCUUUCUCUACCUGUCCAGGAUUUAGAAGCAUAUCAAGUAUCUACACUUUUUUAAAAAACAGGCAAGCAGCAAAUGUGAGUAUUUUGUAAAUGCUUCCUAAACAGGGCUAGGUUUAAUUCCAUGUUGUGUGUUUACUUAUUGAUAACUAAGCAUUUUUUGAAUUAAAAAUGAAAGAUGUUUUAUUCGUGAGUCUCAGUCUCAACUUGACUCAGUCUGGGGAGGCAACGAGAGGAAGAACUUGCUAACAGCCAGUGUUGAAACUUGCAACUUUCUGUGAGCCCUGCAGAAGAAGUCAUCUGAAGUCAUCUGAACUGAUGCUUUUUUUCUCUCUGAAAAUGUUUGCUUUCAAGUACAAAUUUUCAAUUGAAAAACAAACAAACAACCUUGGGUUUGAAUUCAGAUGAUAGCCUUAGUUAACCUCCCUUUUUCAAAAUAUUGCUCAAUUUGCUAUAUGCUUAUUUCACGAUGUUUCACUUUCUUUGCCUUAGAUCCCUUUAAAGCCUCAUGGAUUUAGUGUCCCAGGUAGCAGUGCAAGAACCUCGCAUUUGUGAAGUCCAAGUACAUUACAUAGAGAAGCCUUCAUGUAAGAAAUACUUUCCAUGUUGCAUAUUUAGAGGUUACACGUGGGGAAAUACUCGGUUGUCGAGUGCAGCUGGAAGGGUUUUUGUUACCACGUCUGUCACCACUAGAAUGCUUCAUAAAUUCCUUCUGGUGUUGGGUUGACCUCAUGCAAAAAGCCUUCUUGAUGCUCCAGAAUCCCAGUAACUGGGGUGUGGGGGAAGCCUUGGGGGUUUGAAGAGUCUGUCUUCAGCCUUCUCUUCAGUUUGAAUAAAUCUGUUAUUUCAGAAUACUGUGCUGUUUUGGUUUUCUUGCCUCGAGGUUACCGAAACAGAUGCUCGCUGCCAUCCUUACUGCAGGCUUUGUGUCAUCUGUACUUUUUUAACAUGUUUAUAACGUACUGCUUAUUCUUCCCACUCAUGUUACAUCUGUAAUGCGGCUCCUCUCACCUUGCUCUCCCCUGUUCCUCACCUUCCUGUUUAUUCAUUCUUUUGGUGGCUCUGUCUUAUCAAUUUGAAAGUCAAAAAAGGCAGGCCGUCUCCUUUCUGCAUGAAGUCUUGGAGCAGUCAGUUGCACAUCCUUGGUAUUUAACAGCAUAAGCAGUAGCAAUAUUCAGCAGUCAUCUGUUAUGAAAGUGAAAUGGGGCAGCUUGGACUGGAAAAACACUGGCACCUGAUACCUGAUUUAAACACAACAUCAACAACAAAAAAAGGCAAAGGAAAAAAAGAAAAGCACCCUGUGAAUUGGUGUUGAGAGAGUAUUUGGUGUGUUGAAUGUUUCUAUCAGCCAGAUGUAGCCUUCUGAAAACUUGAAUUAACACUGUAUCUCCUGAAGUACCCGGUAUCUUCUUUUCCACCAGUGAUCUACAGUAAUUCCCAAGUCAUUAAUGGGUUUUUAUUAAACUUAUUUGUUGUUGAAAUACAUUCAAAUGUUCUGAAUAACUGAGAGACAGUGAACAUGUGAUGCCUUUCAGGCAACAGGGAGUGGGCUGGGAUGCUGCAUGCAAUAGAAAACUGGAUUUUAAAUGAGAAGAGGUGGAGGGAAUGGUGAUAUCCGCUUUUGCCUCAUUGUUUCAAAGCCAUAUUUGACUUGAUGAAGAAGGGGACAACAGCUGCUGGAGAGGGUAUGUGGGCUACCACUGCAGUUGUGUGGGGCUGCACGCAUGCUGAAAGCUUCUAUUGCCAGAGAGAGGGGUGACCUUGGCAGUCUGGUAGCUUCUGGUUAAAUUACAUUUCAGAGAACAGGCGGACUGAAAUGCAGAGGGAAUAUCUGCACUUUUCCUACACACACACACACUUCUGAAGCCUAUGUUCUUGGCAACAGCAUGAGUGUUCUUAAAAGACCAAGCCUAGCAGGACGCAUGAAUCACCAUCAGCCCUUGUCUAACCAGAGCACUGCAGCAAAGUUCUUGGGGAGAGAAACUGUGUGGCUGAAAUGUGCAUGAAAUUGAAGGGUGCCAGACAAGCAGUCAGUGUGGGAUGACUAGGAGAACUGAUGGAAGAAAAAUGUCUCUAAGAUUUUAAGUGAUUGAUUUAGGAAGGAAAAGAAUAAUGGACUGACUUUCAUGCCAAUAUAUCUUAAACACAAGAUACUAGUCAGGACUGGGAAAGCUGGGGUGUAGAUCCCUAGUGCUCAAUGACUUCUAAGUAGGACGUAGCUGCUAUACGAUGAUCUUUUGUUUGCUUCUGCAGAAAUAUUUUCCUUUAACCAUUUAGAAUCAUAGAAUCAAAGAAUUGCUCAGGUUGGGAAAGACCUUAAAGGUCAUUGAGUCCAACCACAACCUGACCAUACUACCCUAACUCUAACAACCCUCUGCUAAAUCAUGUCCCUGAGCACCACAUCCAAACAGUUUUUAAACACACCCAGGGAUGGUGACUCAACCACCUCCCUGGGAGCCUAUUCCAGUGCUUAACAACCCUUUCUGUAAAGAAGUGUCUCCUGAUAUCCAACCUAAAUUUACCCUGGUGCAACUUGAGGCCAUUUCCCCUCGUCCUGUCUCACCAGUGAGAAGAGACCAACCCCGCUCUCGCUGUAAGCUCCUUUCAGGUAUUGGAAGAGAGCAAUAAGGUCUCCCCUUAGCCUCCUUUUCCCCAGACUAAACAGCCCCAGUUCCUUCAGUCUCUCCUCAUAGGGCACAUUCUCCAAGCCCUUCACAAGCCUUGUGGCCCUUCUUUGGACCUGCUCUAGUACCUCCAUGUCCUUUCUGUACUGAGGUGCCUAAAACUGAACACAGUUCUUAAUCAAACAAAACUAUUAAAUUCUCCAGCAAUAAAUAAAUAAAUAAAUAAAAUUGGGAAAAGCAGAGACAAACAUUGAUCUUUUACGUGAGGAAAGUAUUUUAAAGAUUGCAGUGCAGGGACAUUAAAGAAAAGGUGCAUUUUUGAAACGAUCUGGCUGUUGCACUUCUAGGAGCCUUUGCUAGCUUGCAUUUAUGUAUUUACAUUGUGCAGUGCAGAUGAUGAAAGUGUGUGAACAGUCUAUCUGUUCACAUCACUGUUCAAGGUCACAAUUGUUUUGGGUCUUCCUUAUAAACUUACAGGCGCUGUUGAUUGGUAUUGUUUAGAGGAAGCUGUCCAGCCGAUCUGUUUGAGGGGACAGAUCCUGCACACAGGACAGCCCUUUCUAACGUCUGAAUGAUAUUCUCCUUCUGCCCCCUCAACUGUAGUAAAAAUCGAUUACAAAAAUGUUUAGCUUCCACUGGUGUCUGAGGAAAUUAAUAACAUACUUCCCCCAAGCUCUCUUGAAUUCCCUCCCUCCAGAUGCUCAGUAGCUGAGACAUCCCCAAAUUAAGUAAACUUAAGACUGUUAAUGAUUUACAUUUCUUGGUAACUACUCAUGGAGUGUGUGUGUUCCCUCCAAAGCUCCUUUUGUAUGUUUGAUAAGUAUAGAAGAAUUCACUCAUGUUAUGAAAUGUGGCAGAGACUGCCUGGACUGUCAGGUUGUUCCACCUGGGUGUCUUCAUCACGUCUCAAAUGCCAGAACAGAAGAGUGGAAGCAGAAAUUGCUUGACACAGCAGAACAUGCAUAGAUUCUGAAACCAAAAGAGCAUUUUAGCUUGUGUGGAGCAUUUCUCAUGGCUUGAGCUAACUGGGUGUAUCCUAUCAGUCUUUUUGCAUGGUGCUUAGCUGUCUGCAGGGGAAGCUGGCCCUCUCCCCCAUGCCCUCCCUUAAGAAGCAGUCCUGUCUGACCUGUGAACAGCUGAGCUAGAAUUGCAAAUCUGAUCUAAUUUUUCAGGCAGCGCUGAGCCUGCAAGGCAGCAGAAUCAUGAAAGACUUUUCCCUUAUUUACUGCUGUUACCUCUCUCUCGACUCAUUUUUUCCCCCAGCAAAUGCUUUGAGCUGAUUUUAUGCUUUAGGAUUUACUUGCCCAAUGGGUGGUCUCUAGCUGGCUUCCACCUUGUAUUACCAUUUAAAAUCUGGUGUCCUCCAUCAAGGUCAGUGAUGGCUCACGUCUGCCUCAGUCUGCUGCCAUCCUCUGGUUUUGAUGGCCCUCAAAUAGCCCAAAGUCAUUACUUUGCACGCCUUUCUUUUCACAGGCAGUGCCUGUGCUAACUAGUAGUCUCCUACUGGAAGGCAACCUCUCUGAAUAAAAACUUGGAAAAAGCUGUGUUCACUUGCAUGUAACCCCUCGGCAUGUAACUCUAGCCACUGUGAAAAUAUUUCUUGAGCCAAAGAUGUCUGUUGUGUAUUUGUCCUGUUGUACACCAAGUUACCCUUUCCUAAAAAGAAAUCACACAAAUCAUCCUCCUGUGCUAGAAGAAUAGCCUAGUGUCUCCAGUCUCUACUGUCCUCUAUAGGAUAGUCCAGUUUGUUAAUAGUAGUAUCAUAGAAUCAUGUAGUCAUUAAUGUUGGAAAAGACCUCUAAGGUCAUCUAGUCCAACCACCAACCCAUGUCCACUAACCAUGUCUCUCACUGCCACACCUACAUGUUUCUUGAACACCUCCAGGGACAGUGACUCCAUCACCUCCCUGGGCAUCCUGUGCCAAUGCCCAACCACUCUUUCUGAGAAGAAGUUUUUCCUAAUAUCCAACCUGAACCCCCACUGAUACAACCUAAGACCAUUACCUCUUGUCCAUGGCACUUUCCUGACCAUGAUAUGGAUGAGGUGUGCUGCCUGUAAUGGUGCUACAUGGUUAAUGAUGCACUGCGUUACUGUAGGCUCUGUGAUACACGUUAUGAAGUAGUCUGGAUUUGUUAUAAUCUAUAUAUGUCAGCUCUCAGUGUUUUUAUGCGGGUUGAAGAAUACAUAUCUGUCUGAUUUUGGUCAUGUUGGAAAGACAGCUUACUGAAAGUAAGCUUUCUUGUAGGAAUCCUGCCUUUAUUCAGGAUGGGAAAAAGUACAUCAACUAUCCCAUGAAAAUGUACAGUUGCUUAGGAGUUAAAUCAUGAAUGAAGAUAAAAGUCCUUGCUUUGAAGUGCUCUGACUCAAAUCCCUGAUUCUGGCAAGUACAUAAAUAUUAAUACCUUUAUUGUUAUCACCAUGGCUAGUAGCAUGACUUUGUAAGAAAGUAUUGCUUUUGAACUUCAAGAUAUUGCCUUUUAUAUCAGCUUGAAAUAAGAUUUAAAAGUGGGGGGCUGCAAAACAAAGGAGCUGAUCCUCAGAGCUGAUUUUGUCUUGAGACCUCAAAUCUGCUUCUCCUGAGAUAAGGCCGCUACUUCUCCAAUGAAUGGCAACAACAAUCUGGAGAAUGCAAACAGAGACAGCAUCUGGACCUGAAUUGCAGAGGAUUCCUCUUGUAACCCUCUAGAAAAAAAAAAAAAAAAAAAAAAAAAAAAGGAAGGUAAAGUAGUGACAAGGUGCAGAAUACAAGGUGCAGUAAGUAGUAAAGUAGUAACAAGAUGCAGAGGGGCUUUAAUAUUUAGUGGUAUUGCAACAAACAGGAUACUGUCCCUCACUGCAAAGCAUUAGUUAUUUAUGAGGUAGCAAUCAGAUAACUGAACUGGAGCUGCUGCAGGCUGUAUUGAUUUGGUGAAUGGGUGACAGUCACUUAAGCAGUGGCCUCUUGUCAAAACACCAUUCUUCCACAUGUCUUUGCAAAGGUGCACUGUAAUAUGUUGCACCAUUUCACAGUUCAAAUGAUAUUAUUUUCCACACCCAGGGAUGGAGUUGGUCUUGUGCCCUCCCCAUGCUUAUGUCACAGACUUGCCUUUCUGCUCUCACCUUUACAAAGGACAAAGUGUGACAGGUACCAUCAACCUUUUCCCUGGCAUAUGAUUGCCUCUGCCUGUUGCUCUCCUUUGUUAUUUUCUUCCCACCAUUCUUGCAAGGAACAUGUGAUUCUAGGAUUGCCCCUUGGAGUUGUAGCUGGGGAAUCCUCUGCUUCCUGCCAGCCUAACGCAGUCUGGGCCUCUCCACUGCCCAAAAUGAGCAGAUAUGACUGUGUUUGGGGAGAUGGGAAGAACCGCAGGAAAAUGUAGUAGGUGGGCUGCAGUGUACUGUAGAGAGAAUCUGAGGUUGGUAAAUAUGCAUUAUUCUUUCAUCCAUGUUUUGUAAAUUUUUAAAUAGUGCCCGUUUGAAUAUAUUUAAAAAGAAAAAAGCAUGCACAUCUGCUGUCAAAUACACAAACACUGCUAGGGUAUUUAAGGGGGGAAGAUGGAUAAAGAAAAGAAUGGUAAUGCUCUUACAAUUCAUCAGGUUUGUCUGAGUCUGGAUUGCUGUAUUUGAUGCAGAAGACGCCGGUUCAGACGGGAUAUUGCCUCAUUAGAGGGAUUGGAAGACAAGUAGGGAGAACACAAGAGCAGCUUUCCCAAGAGGCUGGAAAGAUUGAUUACAUUAAAAAGGAAGCAUGUAAGAAAUUACAGAACUAUACACAACAACUAGCCUAUGUAGAACGUAGAGAAACCUCCAGUCUUGUAACACGGGAGCAGGAGGAUGUGCCAUGAAAUCAGCAGUUAACAAGCCUUAAACGUGACAAAAUUUGCACGCAAGGAAAUUGAAUGCUGAAGGGUGAGGAAGUUGUAAUGUGGUCGUAUGAAAGAAGUGUGUGGGUGUGAAGAAGCGUUGCAUGUUUGAAAUGGAUUCUUUUUUAAUAGGAAAACCUCAAGUUUAGAGAGUGAUGUUCGGUCUUGCAUUACACAUUCGAGAAGAGUUUCUAUUCACUUGUGUUGAUUUCCAUCCCUGUGCACAACCCCCAUGGGAAUGCUGAGGUGACAAACUGCGACUGUCUGCUACAGCCUUGAAAUGUCAAAUCACCUCUAAGUUACACAUACAGGUUUUGGCUUUCUUCACACCUCACAAGGCACUCUUCAGUCUGCAUGCAAAGAAAGAAUCUGAGAACACCUUCCAUGGCACUUUAGGGCUGCAGUCCCUGUGCAGCUGAAAAACAAACACCUAAGGACUAGGUUGGAUUUGUAUUGCUUUGCCUGGCUCUCUGUCCCUCAUUAGAGGCACUAAAUCUGCUGGGCUUGCUUCCUUCCUUCUCAAAUGAGUACUGAAUGCCCCAGCCAAAGUUGUUCUGCUGUUCAGACCAACAGGUUCUGCUGUUCUCCUGAUCAGAGCUUCUAGUCUUCUCUGGCAGACCGAAGCAAGUAGGAGCUGGUUUGGUGUAAGGACAUCUGUGAGUCAGGCUGCCCUCGGAAUGAAGCAGUAAUGAGCAGAAGAGCUGAGGGAACACCAUCACCCACGAAUCAGGGUUCAGAUUCAGUGGGAAACUGGAUGAACAAGAAAUGGGACUGUGCAGAACCUCCUUGUUAUCCCAAGGACAGCAUUUCCAGAAGCAUCUUGGUGUGGAGCAGAGCAGCCAAACACAUUCCAAGUAGAUGUUUUGCUUUGUUUGGAAGAACAGCGACAUGAUUGUUCACUGCUAUUUGAAAAACAAAGCCCAGCUGUUUUUACAUAGGCUGUUCCAGUAAGUCUUCAGCAUCUGCAGCCUUGUGUGACCUGCUGAUUGUCCUGCUUGUUGGCUGAGGAACUCACCUGUACAGUACAGAUAGGAGGCUUUUCUUUGUUGCACAGAAAACAAAACCAAAAGAAUAAUUAACUGAAAAGAAAGUUCAUAGGAAGGGGGUCUUUUGGGUCAGGAUAUGAUCAAUACUGUACUCAAAAUCAAAAAGAAACCUCAUAGAAGCAGAUUUUCCCCUACAAUUUUAUGUUGCAUUGACUAUACAUUAGAUACUUAUCUUACUGACUUUAAAAAGUAUGUCGUCAGUGCUUUUGCAUGUUCUGUGCUCUUUGUCUUUUAGUGGCCAGAACCUUAUUUCUGGUGUACAUAUACUAGGAUUCUCAAAUAUCUGCGAUGCAUAAAAUAUCCUUCAAGAAAAGGUCGAGUAGUUCAAGAUUUAAUUUACUCUCACCCAUGACUUACACCCAAAGAUUAUAAUGCCAAGAGAGGGCAUGAUCCUAUGAAAGUGGAAAUGUGGAAUCCUUCCCUGCAGUGAAUACAUUAUUUACUACAUGCUGCACUGUAUAGUUAACCCAGGGAAAUAUCUAUCUGAAAAAUAAAUUGUAACCUAAGGCUAUGACUGUGAGCCAGGAUCUCUUUGUCUUCUUCCAUAUCCCUUUAUUACCUGCAAGCUUUGUUCUUUCAUGCUCCCCUCUCUUCUCAGGUCCUUGUGCCAUUUGCAUGGAUGCCAUGAUACCAUUUCUGAGAAGGUGAACAAAGAAUAAAACUGAGGGAAUGCUUUCUGCCCCAUCACGCUGUCAUUCACUUUUGUUGUAAAUUCCAGCUAGAGACUUCAUUUAGUGCUUGGGAUCAAAUAUCAGCCUUCUUCUGUAACCCACGUAUGAAUAUUAUUUCUCAGUAAUGUAUUGCUGGUGGUGUGUAUGUUGAAAUGGGGGUGUCAAACUUUCACUACAUUGACUUAAAAGCGUCUUACUUUGUAUCUGUUGAGUUAUAAUUUUUUUAGUGUAGAGUGAGCUAUGCAUAAAUGACAAAAUUGAUCGUUAACUCAGUUGACAGCCUAUACCAGCUCUGGAAUAAAAAAAAGUAUUCCCUCCCCUGAACAGAUGUUCCUACAGUUUCCUACAGGAAGCAGGCUGAUGACCUGGUUGAUGGAGUCUUGUUCUUUUGCUUCGCUGGGAAUGUGGAGGGGAGCUGGAGGGUUGCUUUCUUGCAAAUCGCCAAUACACCAGGUGUUUUUAGCGUGGUUCCACUGAGUCACGUAUUGCAUAGCACGUCUCUGUUCCACUCUAAUGAGGAUCUUUCUAAUAACUACCAUUACUUAAGACAUUUGAACGUGGGAAGGAGGUGAAAGUAAUUGGAUUGAAAUAAUUAUAAAUUAUGCAAUGCGGCUGCCUUCAAAAGGUUGUGUGUUUAUGCUUCUUGAAUGCAAUCUAGAAUUGAUCAGUGCAAGAAGCACUGACACUUCAUCUGUUCUGGAAGGAAAUUCAGCGAGGUGCACGAGUAAGAAGUAUGGAAGUGAAUGGGAGUGAUGGAAAUGAUUUUGUUUCCCCUCAAAGGCCUGGAAAGGGAGACUGAGGCACAGGUCUCCAUGAGGGAGUUAGUUUUGACACUUUGCUGGGAAGGAGUUUGAGUGUGAUAUUUAACAGCUUCCAAAGCUGUAGGUUGAUGCUCACAGAGAACUUCAACCCUACAUUUACCUGCAUUUGUGGAUAAAAUUAGCUUCCCCACAGCAUUCAUGCAGGAAUGUGGUAUAAUCACUGCACUCCUUCACAUGAUACAUGAUUUACAGUGCUUCUGUGGGGCUGCUGAAGGCCUGAGGCAGCUCAGCACCUUGACCCUUGUGCUGGUAACCUGCAGAUAACACGGUGUUUUUCUGUAGUUGUGACUUUUGGUCCAUUUUGGAUCGCUCUUUACUCUCCCACAGUCUCUGCAGUAGAAACUGGUCCCAAUCUGAUUUUGGUCCAGCAGAAUGUAGACUGCUUCCAGGCAUAUGUGCUUGGGUAACUGGAAAAAUCACUGAACUGAGCUGCUCAUUGUCCAGAAAACUGAACCAAAAAUGGUGGAAACUGUUUCACAACUGAGUAGAAAAACUGCCAUGUUGCUAUCAUUUUUUUCUGAGUAAUAAAAAUCCACUUCCCCUAAGGUUGUCUCCUAUGAAGCUGUGUUUUCUAGUCACUUCUCACAGAAUAAAAAAGCCCUCUUUGUAAGCCAAGCUGUGUUAAAUAAUGAAGUGUCUCUUCCUCUUAAGACCACGUACCACUGAUGGUCAUAACAGUUUUUUUUCUGACUUGCAUAUAACCUAACAGAACUUCAAAAUUUUCCUUGUUAUGCAAUAUGCAUUUGCAUUUAGUUUAUGGCAGCAUAAAUUAAAUAGGGAAAUAGCAAAGCAAGCUUUAAGUUAGAAUAUUGUGCAAGCAGAGUGUGAAGUUGCAGCUCUUCUUGAAAGUGAUUUGAAUCUCUUCAAACAAAUAAAAAUGUGAAAAAAUCCCACCUUUUGAGGCAUCUGUCUGCUCACUUGGCAUACUGGCUUGUGCAGUCUUUCUUUAGACUGGUAGUAGAUAUACAGCACUUUGUUUGCUGUUUUUCUUCCUAGUGCACCUCAGCUCUGAGCUUCAUUCCCAGGCUCUUCCACGGUGCCCUUCCUAAGCAGAGAGGAACUAGCAAAGUGCUUUGCAAGUUCAUUAAAUGCUGAACUUAAUUUACACAACUCUUGUGUAGCUCAUUCCCUGUCUCCUCAGAAUAGCCUCAAAGUGAGACUAUUUAUGAUCAAAAAUUUUAUCGAGAUAUGUACUUCAAUUUUUAUAGGAUCCAGGGUCUUGCUGUGAUUCAUGGCAGCAAACUGCAUGAGCGACUCAGAAUGGAUGAGGCAAGAGACAUUAAUGAGGAAGAUUGUGAUACACAGUAAAGACUUAUUGUGACUAUUUAGAUUUAGUAAGGAGAAAAAUCAACAGUAGCAAAAGUCAUAUCUGUUGCUGAUGGUCAAAAAUGUCCAUGGCUGAACCCCCAUGGGUGUUUCUCCACUGCCCUACUCUUUGCACCAGGCUGAAGAGCUGCUUCUGAGGUCCUAAGUGCCUGAAUUUUAAGUACUGUCUCUGGCAUCAUUUUUAUAUGGCAAGAGGAGAAAUGAGAAGUCUGGACUUUUAUUGACCUCUAUAUGACAAAUACUGCGUAGGUCACCACCGUAGACAUUAUGGUAGCGAUGAACCUCACCUAAAAUGUUCUUUGCUAGCCUGAACAUUGUACAAUUGAAGCAGCGGGGUUUUAUAUCACUGGGUCUCUUCAAUCAGUGCUUGAAGGCUGAAGGAGUCACCAGCCUCCUUCCCCUGGCAGAGUUGGUGCCUGUGCUACUUCCGUGGGACCCAGCUGCCUCCCUGUGCCAUUCACAUCCAGGCCUGCUUGCAGCAGUAGUUUGGUUCAGCUCCCUGGCUGUGGUUGAGUUCAUCUGAUGCUUCUGAGCUUUGUGCCCAAGGAUUGCUAGGCUGGUGGCAAAAGGUUGGAGGAUUUCAGGUACAACAGGAGGAUACUGAACUUUUUGGGAGCUGUCCCAGCUUCCUCUCAAAGGAUGAGUCUUACCACUCCUACAGCUUUGUUGUGGGGCACGAUGCAUACAGAGCAAUGAGAGCAGUGUUUACUUAAAAGGUGUUUGUCCUAUGGGAAAUCUGAUGUCUGAAUUAUUAAAUUUACAACAAAGGCUCUUGAAAUUCUUGAAAUGUACUUACGUAAUCACUUGUGAAAUAACCUCUCACUAAAACACACCUGAAACAAAGCCAGUUUUUUGAAAGUCUGACUUCUCCCCACUCGUUGUCCUGUUUUCCUGAACCAGAAGUUCUUGCAUUACGUAUUAGAAACCCAACAUGCUGUUUUACCCAGAGGACAGUGAAGAAUGAUUGUACACCAUAUCAUACUCUUAGCAAGAGUAAAGUUAGCAAACUCAUAAUGAUUUCAGCUUAAAUCUUAUGUUUGUUCAACAAAACCACUGAAAGUGAGGUAGAACCUGAAACAUGCCCUGGUAUUGUAUGGCUCCUACUGUUCAACGUUGUGUGAUAGCCUUCAUGGGGACCACGGUGGAUGAGCCUCAGAGGAAUAAUCAUGAAUUUCCCUGGGAUGGUGGUAGAAUUCUUUCGGGUUUUGGUUGCUUGGUUUGGUUUGUCUUGAUUGUUUUUGUUUUUUUUUGUUUUGUUUUUUUUUGCAGAGGGACAUAGGAUGAGGAUCUAUAAUAUAAACUUCUCCUGGUGCCUGAGAUUUUGGCUCUCAGCCAUUAAAAUUAUUUUCUUUUCCCUGAAAUAGAGACUGGUUUGGAAAUCAGUUUCGAUUUUAGUUUUUGUCCUCAUACUCUUGCUUGCAAAAUUUAUCAGAAAUGAAACUGUCUGUUACUGAUCUCAGCACGUUGGUUCAUGAACUGCCCCUAAAGUGAAAGGUCUUUUAUUCUUUUAUUUUUUAUUUUUUUAUUCUAGGAUUCAGAAAAUCCUAGGAAUGGCUUGUAUCAUAACAGACAGGAGCCGGCAUCUCUUCAUGUCUCUUGCCCAUUAAAGUGCCUGAAGAACUUCUGGGGAGAUGGGUUGUAAUGAUGCACUGUCUUUAAUGUGACUGUUAAAUAUCUUUCUUUAUCCUACUUCUCAUUAUAGUGUCUCUCUGUUAGAGGCAGUAAAGGCCUUUCAUUCAGGGCCAGGCUGGAUGUGGCUCUGGGCAGCCUGGUCUAGCUGUUGGUGAUCCUGCACGUAGCAGGGGGUUGAAACUAGAUGAUCAUUGUGGUCCUUUUCAACCCAGGCCGUUCUAUGUCUAUAUGUCUAUGUCUGUAUGUCUAAAACUGCCAGUGCUGUACUUGGAUUUUAAAUACUACUAUUGUCAUGUUUAUUUAAUGACAGCAGAUAAAGAGUUUGCUAUUUCCAGUCCAGUUAUUUAGUUUCCAGAGAGGCAUGGCUUUUCAAUAAUUCUGAAUUGUCCAUUAUUUUGUACUGAGGAACAGGUGGCAUUUUUAAUUCUUUUUGUUUCAAGAUAAAAUUUAAAAUAUUGAGGUUUGGAAAAUGUGCAUGCAGAAAACUUCACAGAAGGCAGUAACCAUGGAUAAAACUAAACUCUUUUCUCAUCGUCUGACAAUUAAAUAGCUGGCUUGGAGUUUUAAAGAGUUUUCCAGAAUAGUUCCUUUCUCUGUUUGCAAACUGCUCUGUAAUUGUACUAAAUCAGCUCUGUGGUUAGCACUGCUGACAGAAGAGGGUGUUUUUAUUUUUAACCAUGUCAUGUUGUUAGCACUGGCAACCUCCACUGCUUUCCAAAGAGCAGGAACUGUAAUGGGGCAGGCUUCGGUCUUUGGAUAAACCCAGUUCUUUAGAGUGGAAUGGAAUAGGAUGGAAUGGAAUUGAACGGAAUGGAAUAGCAUAGCAUAGCAUAGCAUAGCAUAGCUUUUCAGUUAGAAGGGACCCGUAAAGGUCAUAUGGUUCAACCCCCCAGCCAUGAACAGGGACACCUACAGCUACAUCAGGUGCUCAGAGCCCUGUCCAGCCUGACCUUGAGUGUCUACAGGGAUAGGGCAUCCACCACCUCUCUGGGCAACCUGUGCCACUGCCUCACCACCCUUAUUGUAAAAAACCUCUUCCUUGUGACCAAGCAGUAUCACCCUUCUUUUUGUUUGAAACCACUUCCCCUUGUCAUGUCACAGCCAACCCUGCUAAAGAAAGAGUCGGUUCCCUUCCUUCGUACAGUUUCCCUCAAGGCAACUGGGAGCUUUCUUUUCUCCAUGCUGAACAGCCCCAGCUCUCUCAGCCUGUCCUUGUAGGAGAGGUGUUCCAUCCCAUGGAUCAUUUUUGUGGCCCUCCUGUGGAUGUACUCCAACAGGUCCAUGUCCUUCCUAUACUGAGGACUCCACAUCUGUACACAGUACUCCAGGUGAGGCCUCACAGCUCAGAGCAGAGGGGCAGGAUCACCUCCUUUGUCCUGCUGGCCACACUGCUUUGGAUGCAGCCCAGGACAUGGUUGGCUUUCUAGGCUGCCAGGGCCCAUUGCUUGCUCAUGUCCAUCUUCCCAUCCACCAGGUCCUUUUUGACAAGGUUGUAUUAUAUCCUUACCUCCCCCAUCUGUUCUGUGGAUGGUCGGAUUAUAUCUGCAUAGCUUGUCUCAUUUAAAAAUAAACAAUCUCUGUUUUCAAAGCAGUAGAAGAGUAUUUAUUGUUUUGAUAGGUUCUAGAAAUCUUUCCAAGCCAAUUCACUGGCAACAGAAUGAAAGGGCAGUUCAUUUCCAUGGCGAUGCCAACUGAAUCACUCCAGAGCAGCUGAAGAAUGGAUCCUUACCUGGGUGGGUGCUGGUUGCCGUCCAGUAAUCGUGCAGCCAGCAAGUACUCUGUAAUGCUACAUAACCAUAAAACUGUUAGUUUUCAUUCACACUUGUUUUUUCUCUGCAUUCUUUAGAAGCUUCAAAAGUUCGGGGUUUCACAUCUGGCGGGUAAUACUGUUUCAAGUGCACAAAGAUGUGCAGAACUGCAGCUGAAAAAAGAUGCUCUCUUCUGAGGGUUUCUCUCACGUUCAGCUGUUGGUUCUUCAGCCUGAGCCUGCUUGGAGAAAAAUGCUGAUUACCCAGAAGUUAAUUAACUGAGGUCAGCUUUUUUUCUUUCAAUAGUUCAGCGAUCUAAGAGAAGAAGGUUAUAAGCCAUAAGGAUUUUUGUACUUUUGUGUCUGCUUAUACAUAGAUUUUGCAAGUCUUGUAAUGCUUAACAUAGCUUUUAAAUAGUUAUUUUAAGGAUAUGGAUAAUAAUCAUCCUUAACGUUAAAAUAAAUUGGUAACAAGACUUUUUGUUUUUCUUUACUUAAAAUGAGUGAGUGGGGAGAGAAGUAUUUCUGUAACGAGUGACAUGAAUGGACUUGCUGAUUAUGUUCACUUCCAGACACUUCAGAUAACAUCUUUUCAUACUGUUUGUUCUUAGGAAUUUUUUUUUUCUCAUUUUGCAUGAGCAGUGAUGGAAUAGAAAUGUAUUUGACGCUGUAACGAAAUGAACUCACUGUGUACCUCCAGAAGAAACAUGCACUGGUACAUGGUAAAAGUAGUUCCACUCUUAGCAAGGAAACUCCAUUUUUAUUCAUUUUUAUUUUUAUUUUUAAAGUAAGCAUUAAACAGCUUUGUUUUUUGUUUCGUUUUUUCUUCCAGCACAACUUGGUUAACAGUCUUAGCUGACGCAGUUGUCAAAUUAAGUAGGAAGUCUGCAGUGAGUAGUUUCAAAACAAACAACAAAAACACAAACAAAGCAUCCCAAGUAUUGCCAUUUUUGCAAACAGCAUUUAUUUUUACUUCUCCUAGCUUUCAGAAGAUCUUUUCUUGCACGUAGUCUUUGUUGUUGUUUGGUUUUGUUUUGUUUGAACAAGUUGAAUUAUCUGUAACACGUGGUACCUUACUAGAUUUAGAAUCAUAGAAUGAUUUGGGUUGGAAGGGACCUUUAAGAUCAUGUAGUUCCAACCCCCUGCUAUAGGCAGGGACACCUUCCCACUAGACCAGGUUGCUCGAAGCCCCAUCUAGCCUGGUCCUGAAUGCUUCUAGGGAGGGGGCAUCCACAGCCUUGCUGAACAACCUGUUCCAGUGUCUCACUACCACCCUCACAGUAAUGAACUUCUUCGUAAUACCUAGUCUAAAUCUACUCUCUUCCAGUUUAAAGCCAUUUCCCCUCGUUCUGUCACUACAUGCCCUUAUAGAAAGGUCCUUCCCCAUCUUUCCUGUAGGCCCCCUUCAGGUACUAGAAGGCUGCUAUAAAUUUCCUUUGGAGCUUUCUCUUCUCCAGGCUGAAUUUAUUAUUUGCCAGAACCUUGAAGUGGGAAGGAGAGGCAACCUUAUCUCAGCCCAGGAGUUUGGAAACCAGUAGCAAUGAACUGGAAUGGCCAAAAAAGACAGGUGUCUCACUGAGUAUCGAACGGUUCGUGUCUGGCUGAAGAGAGACAGUGGACAGUACUGGCCCAGCAUAUACCAUGCAAUGCCAUCUCCAUGUUCAUGCAUGUCUUUUAACCCGGAAACCAGAAGGCUGUCCAUAGGUCUAGACAAUGGUACAAUCUCAGAAUUCAUUUUAUCAGAAGAUUACAACAAGAUGACACUAGUGAAGAGUUACCAGGCUCAUCAAAGCAGAGUCAUCAUGAUUCUGUUCGUCCUGGAGAUGGAGUGGGUGUUGAGCACCGGCCAAGACAAGCACUUCACCUGGCACUGUUCAGAGAGCGGCCAGCGGCUGGGAGGCUACCGCACCAGCGCGGGGGCCUGCGGCCUGCAAUUUGAUGUGGAAACCCGGCAUGUUUUUGUUGGUGAUCAUUCUGGGCAAGUAACCAUACUCAAAUUAGAGCAAGAGUCCUGCAGCCUGGUGACGACAUUUAAGGGACACACAGGUGGUGUCACUGCUCUCUGUUGGGACCCAAUACAACGAGUUUUGUUCUCAGGCAGUUCUGACCAUUCCAUUAUAAUGUGGGAUAUUGGAGGGAGAAAAGGAACAGCCAUCGAGCUGCAAGGACAUAACGAUAAAGUUCAGUCUCUCUCCUACGCUCACCACACUCGGCAGCUCAUCUCUUGUGGUGCCGACGGGGGAAUAGUUGUCUGGAACAUGGAUGUUGAGAGACAGGAGACCCCUGAGUGGCUGGACAGCGACUCCUGUCAAAAAUGUGACCAGCCUUUCUUCUGGAACUUCAAGCAAAUGUGGGACAGUAAGAAAAUAGGCCUCAGGCAGCAUCACUGCCGCAAAUGUGGGAAGGCUGUCUGCGGCAAGUGCAGCUCCAAGCGCUCCUCCAUCCCGCUGAUGGGGUUCGAGUUUGAAGUGAGGGUCUGCGAUAGCUGCCACGAGUCCAUAACGGACGAGGAGCGGGCACCCACAGCUACUUUCCACGACAGUAAGCACAACAUAGUUCAUGUACACUUUGAUGCCACCAGAGGAUGGCUGCUGACCUCGGGGACAGACAAGGUUAUUAAGCUGUGGGAUAUGACGCCGGUAGUGUCUUGAUACAUCAGUGGAACUUGAAGGGUGACAUUUACAGAAGAAGCAGAUUUCCUAACCCUAAUCAUUCUGCAGAAGAUAGGUGAUGCUGGGCGCAUAUGGCAGAUGAGAACGGAACUCAUGUGUUUACAACGAUUUAUGUCCUCUGCUUGAUCAAGGCUGAACAUUUGCACGAAGACUCUUUCCACUUAUUCUCAAAAUACACAAGAAGGUAUUUUUUUAACUAAUGGUUUGUACGAUCUGACUUCAGUUGUCUUGAGUUUGUUUGGAGAAUCCGUGUGCGGUGCAAUUUUUAGUUUUUAUACGUCAUGAUGUCAGGAUUCUUGCUGCUUUGUACCGAGGGUUCUUGGUUUGUGUCUUACCGUGUCAGCUUUCAGUGUAAGGCAAUCGGCUCUCCCCACCUGUGUGUUUGGGAUGUUCCUGCUGACGAUGCUCACUUCAGCAGAAGAGCUCCAGGCACGGCACUGCGCCUUCUCUGAUCACGUCACCAAGCAUCUGAUGGACUUGCAAUUCCUACCAAGGGCUCUACCAUCCUCUUGUCCUAGCAGACGUCAUCCGGAGAGCGUUUUGUUGUCUUGUUGUAGCUAAAGCACGGCUUCCUGCCACUUGCCUUGCUGCACCAGUUGCAAAACCCGGGGGCCAGGUUGCUUAGCAACUUACUUCUACAAAAGCUGAAAUAGUUUUCCAGCUCUGAACAUUAGAAGGAGCACACGGACCUGCUUGGAGUCUGAUGAGGCUGACAGGAGGAUUCAAACAAAAUUAUUGGCAACAACCACUGUCAAGGGUGUGUGCAGGGGGGUGGGGGAGUGGAUCUAAAACUGGUCUGGGGUUGAGAAGUCUGUUUUACCUCUACCUCUACCGUGUGCAGCAGCAUUUCAGCAUUUGUACCUGUCUGUGUUGUUGAACAUGAAUUUGAUUUUCCUGUUUUCCAUACGUUUAGUCAUAUUUAUUUUUUAAAAUGCCGAUGUUGUUUUUAUUAAUUUCCUCUCUAGAUCAGAAACUGAUAUUGCUGAAUGACACUUAUUGUCCUGUUGUCAUAUUUGACAGUUUCUUUUAAGAAUAAAGAAGUAUUUAAAAAGCC